ACUACUACUACUACUACUACUACUACUACUACUACUACUACUACUACUACUACUACUACUACUACUACUACUACUACUACUACUACUACUACUACUACUACUACUACUACUACUACCGAGGUAGCCAGUGGCACUCCUAUCCUACAGGAGGUAGCCAGUGGCACUCCUCCUAUCCUACAGGAGGUAGCCAGUGGCACUCCUCCUAUCCUACAGGAGGUAGCCAGUGGCACUCUUCCUGUCCUACAGGAGGUAGCCAGUGGCACUCCUCCUAUCCUACAGGAGGUAGCCAGUGGCACUCCUCCUGUCCUACAGGAGGUAGCCAGUGGCACUCCUCCUGUCCUACAGGAGGUAGCCAGUGGCACUCCUCCUAUCCUACAGGAGGUAGCCAGUGGCACUCUUCCUGUCCUACAGGAGGAGGUAGCCAGUGGCACUCUUCCUGUCCUACAGGAGGUAGCCAGUGGCACUCCUCCUAUCCUACAGGAGGUAGCCAGUGGCACUCUUCCUGUCCUACAGGAGGUAGCCAGUGGCACUCUUCCUGUCCUACAGGAGGAGGUAGCCAGUGGCACCACUCCUAUCCUACUGGAGGUAGCCAGUGGCACUCCUCCUAUCCUACAGGAGGUAGCCAGUGGCACUCUUCCUGUCCUACAGGAGGUAGCCAGUGGCACUCUUCCUGUCCUACAGGAGGUAGCCAGUGGCACUCUUCCUGCCCUACAGGAGGUAGCCAGUGGCACUCUUCCUGUCCUACAGGAGGUAGCCAGUGGCACUCUUCCUGUCCUACAGGAGGAGGUAGCCAGUGGCACUCCUCCUAUCCUACAGGAGGUAGCCAGUGGCACUCCUCCUAUCCUACAGGAGGUAGCCAGUGGCACUCCUCCGAUCCUACAGGAGGUAGCCAGUGGCACUCCUCCUAUCCUACAGGAGGUAGCCAGUGGCACUCCUCCUAUCCUACAGGAGGUAGCCAGUGGCACUCCUCCUAUCCUACAGGAGGUAGCCAGUGGCACUCCUCCUAUCCUACAGGAGGUAGCCACUGGCACUCCUAUCCUACAGGAGGUAGCCACUGGCACUCCUCCUGGUCUACAUGAGGUAGCCAAUGGCACUACUCCUGGCCUACAAGCGGUAGCCACUGGCACUCCUGGCCUACAAGAGGUAGCCAAUGGCACUCCUCCUGGUCUACAUGAGGUAGCCAAUGGCACUCCUCCUGGUCUACAUGAGGUAGCCAAUGGCACUCUUCCUGGCCUACAGGGGGUAGCCAAAGGCACUCCUCCUGGCCUACAGGAGGUAGCCACUGGCACUCCUCCUGGCCUACAGGAGGUAGCCACUGGCAUUUACCCUGACCUGUAA